UUGUCCUGCCAGGCUUUGUAUUUAGGUAGUUACUUCCGUAACCUGAUCUCCACCCGGCAAUCGUCCAAGGACUCCAUGUAUUUCACGAACAUUUUCGGAGUAUCUGAAGGGCAGGACUUAAGAAAGUUGAAGCAUUGCCCUGUCGCCGUGACUUUAGUGCUGUCAUGGCGCGUGCUGGCGGGCUGUACACUGAAGUCCUACAGACAGUGCAUUAGGUGAUCGUUUUUAUUUUUAUUAUUCAGAAACCACACGAACCACUUUAAGCAGCUUCUGCUGGUGCUUGGUGUGACGUUCUGCCCAUAAUGGAUCGACGAGAAAAGACGAUGCGGGGUAAAGCUCGGUCUUCCGAAUGAACUUUGCAGGCUAAAUGAAGAUGGAGAAGACUCCCUUACCUACUGACGAGGAGGGCGUGCACACGCCGGAUGGCCAGUCAGAUACAAUACCGCUGGAGCCGAGGGCAGAACAAGCAGAAGGGCAUGUGGUCCCCGAACCUGGCCGUCCGGCCUGGGACAGCAAGCUGCAGUACGUGCUGGCACAGGUGGGCUUCAGCGUGGGCCUGGGAAAUGUCUGGAGGUUCCCCUACCUGUGUCACCAGAAUGGCGGAGGAGCCUUCCUGUUGCUGUAUGUGCUCCUGCUGAUGCUGGUGGGGGUGCCACUAUUUUUCCUGGAGCUGGCGGCGGGGCAGUCUGUCCGGCAGGGCAGCAUCGGUGUGUGGAAGCACGUUGCCCCCCAGCUGGCGGGAAUCGGCUACUCCAGUUGCAUGGUGUGCUUCUAUGUGGCCCUUUACUACAAUGUCAUCAUUGCCUGGAGCCUCUUCUACCUCAGCAAGUCCUUCCAGUCCCCCCUUCCCUGGGAGCAGUGCCCCAUCUACAGCAACUUCACCGGUCAGUCCCUCUGUGUUGGGUAUAGCGCUGCGUCCUCCCAUGCUGGUGACUCACUCCGCAAACUCUCUUCUCAUCCAGUCCAGGAAUGUUCCAGAACCUCCCCCACUACCUACUUCUGGUUCCGCGAGGCCCUGGACAUUACAGACUCCAUCGAGCAGACUGGGCAGUUCAACCCCAAGAUGACUGGCUGCCUGAUGGCCGCCUGGGUGAUUGUCUGUCUUGCCAUGAUCAAGGGCAUCAAGUCAUCCGCCAAGGUGAUGUACUUCUCCUCUGUGUUCCCCUACAUUGUUCUUCUCUGCUUUCUCUUGCGGGGGCUGCUGUUGGAUGGGGCCUCUGAAGGCAUUUCCUAUAUGUUCUAUCCUAAGCUGCAGAUCUGGGGCGAGGUGCAGGUCUGGAGGCAGGCCGCCACGCAGGUUUUCUUUGCCCUGGGGCUCGGCUUCGGCUCUGUCAUCGCCUACUCCUCCUACAACCCCCCGAACAAUAACUGCCACCGCGACGCCCUCAUGGUGUCCCUCAUCAACCUGCUCACGUCUGUGCUCGCCUCUCUCGUGGUCUUUGCGGUGCUGGGCUUCCGUGCAAAGAGCAUGGCGAUGGCCUGCGUGCUGCGGAACGUGGGCCUCCUGACGGAGAUGUCAGCCAUGGGGUCCGUGCAGCAUCUCCUGCUGCCGUGGGCCAACGGAUCUGACCCUGGAUCAGUGUCCCUGUGGGAAUACCGGGAGUGGUUCCAGCAGUAUGGUGCCCAAAUGGGGAGUGGCAUCACGGACUGCAGCCUGGAGGAGGAGAUGAACCAGGGAGUGGAAGGCACGGGGCUGGCCUUCAUUGCCUUCACCGAGGCCAUGGUUCUGUUCCCAGCCUCGCCUUUCUGGUCCAUGCUCUUCUUCCUCAUGCUGCUCAACCUCGGCCUCAGCACCAUGUUUGGCACCAUGCAGGGAAUCCUCACCCCCCUCAGUGACAACUUCCAUCUGCUGAGACGCCACAAGACCCUGCUAACGGUGGCCAGCUGCAUCCUGGGCUUUCUCAUCGGCCUACUCUUCACCCAGCGCUCCGGGAACUACUUUGUCACCAUGUUUGAUGACUACUCUGCCACCCUGCCACUCAUCAUCGUGGUCGUAUUUGAGACGCUUGCCGUGUCCUGGAUCUACGGCGCCGACCGCUUCCUGGAUGACAUAGAAGUCAUGCUCCAGUGGCGCCCCCCAGUGGUUUACAAGUACCUGUGGCAGUUUGUGUGCCUGCUGGCCAUGGUGGGUCUUCUGGGGGCCAGUUUGCUACGUAUGUUCUUCAAAUGGCCCACCUACACAGCCUGGAACCAGAGCAUGGCCUCCGAGAGGGUGCUGCCGUACCCCGGUUGGGCUCUUGCCCUCCUCUCUCUGCUCAUCCUGCUGGCCUGCCUGCCUCUGCCUGUACUUUACAUCCAUACCCUUCUGAGGCGUCGCCUAGGCAGCCGCGGGGCCCCACUGGAGGCAGGGCUUAGCCACAGAGACACAUAUAUGAAAUGCGAGACGGACGAACCUGCCGCCGCCCAGCAGCUCAUCCCAUUGGAGGGGGAGCAAGAAUCUGACAGGGGCUCCUUCCUGUCACUGGGUGCAGAGCACUACAGGCUCCUCCCUCAGAAGGACCUGGUGGAGGAGGACAUUGAAGAGGACACUGGGGUUUGAGGGAAGGCAAGAAGGGAGAGGGUGAUCAAACGGAAGGAGCGAUGAGGAGAUCAGCCGGUGAUGCAGGCCUGGGUGGAUGAGGAGCUGCUCCAUGCCGUGCUGUCCUCCUCCAGCUUCUGCAGGAGCCACUCUCUGCUCUCGCUGACGCACUGUGAUGUGGCUGAAACUGCACAAUGCAGGCAGACCAGCAUCCAUGUAAAUAAACACACACACACAGACAUACACAGAUAUAUACACACACAGACACACACAGAAAUACAAACACACACAGACACACACAGAUAAACACACACUUAGAUACAGACAGACAGACACAGAUACAUACACACAGACACACACUUAGAUAUACACACACACAGACAAACACACAGAUGGACACAGACAGACAGACAGACACACACACAGACACACACAUACAGAUAAACACACACAUAGAUACACACAGACAGACACGCACAGAUACACACACACACAGACAUGUCAUUUCAGUGGCCAUGUUACGAGCUACACUGGAUGACAGUGUAACUGUGAUAGGGUUUGUGGUGUGUCUGCUGUUAUCAGCAAUCUGAUUGGAUUUAUUUCUGUGUGUUGUUUCGGACUCCCACGGAGUUGUAAGUUUUACUUUGAGUAAGAAAUGAAAAUAUGAAACAAACAAAAUAAAUAGCUUUUCUUUGGGAAAAA